GACUCGGUUAGGUCUUACUCUCUUACUAUAAAACUACUAAAACUAGUUACUACUUUCAAACUCUGGCAACUUCGAAGACUACGAGUUACGACAUUCAGUAAUUUAUGUUUUAUAUCGCUGAGUAAUUAUUACAUUACUAUAUAGUUAGUAUUGUGUAGUGAAUAUCGUAAUUUACUAUAGGAUUUACUAUUUAAUGAUUAAUAUUCAAUCAAUUACAAGAAAAUAUUUUUUUAUAAGUAACUAGUAAGUAAUAAGUUCUUACUACCUAUAAAUUACUAAUGCAGGUCUCGCAAAAACUAAAGUCAUGAACACKCUACUCAGACAUUAGCCUUAUACCAUUGAUUUUAAAAGUUAGUUUUAAAACUAUUGUUUUAUAAUCAAUGUCUAUAAUCUUAAAUCUUAAUCACGGACAUCAUAUAAUAGUAUUUUUUUAUAGUCUCAAUAGAAUUAAUGAGUUUCGUUGUGAAUCACGAUACCGGGUAUUGUAAUAACUAAUAACUUGUGUUUUAAUAAGUUAAUAAGUUAUUAUUAAAUCUAUUGUAUAAUUCUGAUUACAACCUCCAUAAUUUUUCCGACGUGAUUAGUUUAGUACCUAUUUUAUUAAUUGCUACUAACAGUUAACACUACUUAACAGUUACUACUGUUCAUAACAUAACAUUAAAAUAUUAACACAUUAAGUAUCGAUUUGUUGUGUGCUUAGUCUUAAGGUAGGUGUCUGUACGUCGUGCGUCAACUAUCGUUUGUACUGUGCAACAAUUUUUAUAUCGCAGCUAAUUUUAGUUAACGCUGUCGUAUUGACACCUUUCAUUUACACUAUCAAUUUGCUGACACUUUGGUGCGCUGCAAUUGUCUUGUUUCAAAUUCAACACUGCCAAUCUGUGAAAUACUUUUGGUAGUACUUUAUCCAUCUCAUUUACUGAUGAUGUCUGAAACCAACACCUCUAAUUUCAAAGAAGAAAAUAUACAUGAUGAAUCUGUGUCAAUUACACAAGAACAUGAUGAAUCUGUGUCAAUUAUACAAGAACAUGAUGAUCAGCAGCAGAUUACAAUCUUAAAUGAAAAUGCAGCAGUGAAACUUGAAAACCAAAAUACUGAAUCAACUUCUGAGGUUCGAUCUAUAACAUAUGAGCUAGAUGAAGAUGAAAAUAUUGAUGAUGAUUUACCAGAAGGAUGGAUAAAAUGUAAUCAUGACAGUGGUAUGCCUGUUUAUUUAAACGAAGAAAUGAAAGUUUGUUCAUUUUCAAAGCCAUAUUUUCUUGGGGUGAAUAGUCUCAAGAACCAUAAUAUUCCAGUGGCAAAUAUUCCUUGUUUAGCCUAUAAACAAAAAUUACAAAAAAAGAAUGCAGAAAGUAAUGAAGAGUUAAACAAAUAUCCUGUAACAUUAAGCCAUGAAGAGUAUCGAGAAUAUUGUAGUAAAAUAUUUAAAUUUAAAAAUAUUAAGUUUAUGAGAUUUAGUUCUUGGGAUAAACGACGUGAAUAUAUUAGAAUGGUAAAGGCUGAUCGAAGACGUAAAGAUCUUCCAAAAUUAAAAGACAAGUCUCAUUUAAUGUCGUUUCCGGUUCAAGAAUCAGAUGUUAAAAGCGAUUGUAAUACAUCCAAUCCUGAAGAUCAAUGGACUAUAAAUUUAAAUGGUAAAAGCUAUGUUAGUAUAUUGCACGAAUACAUUCAACGUGUUCUCAAAACACAGCCAUCUUAUGAGUUUAAAGAACUUGAGAAUGCCAGGUAUCCUUACUUAGCAACUGUGAUCUUAGAUGGCAUGCAAUAUGGUAUCGGUAUUGGUUCAAGUAAAAAACAAGCUAAACUUGAUGCAGCUAGAGCUACACUAGAAAUAUUAUUACCAUCUGUCAAAAAUCAUAUCCAAAUUAAUCGAAGACAUGCUAUGAAUGAGCGUCAAGGUUGUAGUAAUUUUGACGGAGAUGUACUUUUUGAUAAACUUAAUAUUAAAGACUCAAGAAUACCAGAGUUUUGUGCUCAAGCUGCUGAAUCUAUGCCAUAUGAUAUGUUGCAGAUUUGUGUAAAAAGAAAUUUUGGUGAAGAUGCAUCUGUAAAGUGUGAAAUGCAAAGUAUGCAAAGUGGAUCUGAUUCUGAAAUUUUUUACCGUUGCACUAUGACUGUUAAGGAACAUUCGGCCACUGUAAUUUGUAAAAAUAAACGAGAAGGACGACAAAAAGGAGCUCAAGCUCUAUUAAAGGUGUUACACCCUCAUAUUAAGUAUUUUGGGUCUUUAUUGAGGCUGUACAGCCAUCAAAAUGUUGGAAAUGGUUGUGAGAAAAAACUAGACGAACCUGGAAAUCAAAGCCCAAGGCCUAGGAGUGGUCCAAAUUAUGAAAUACUGAAAAAAUUGAGAGCAGAAAUGUCCAAACUAUAAUUGUGUAAUUGAAAAAAACAUAAAUUGGCAAACAUUUUUUUUUAUGCCAAAAAGUAAUUUUAGUGUAAAUAAAUUGUAUUAUUCAAUUCCCUAAAAUAUCAAAAUUAAUAAAGACCAUAGUAAAAUUAUGCACU